UUGCAUGCUGGUCACGAUUACUUUUCUUGGAAAAAAAAGUGCACCUUACCAUUCUUGGUUAACCGGACCUCGUGUGCUCAACCAUUCAUAACGUCUCCAGUAAGAUGUACUGAAGUAAACCGAAAAGAAGUACUGAGUCCAUUAUUGAGCCAAGGAUGGGAAAUGGUCGAAGGACGCGAUGCAAUUCGAAAGGUGUUCCAAUUCAAAGAUUUCAAUGAGGCAUUCGGAUUCAUGACAAGGAUUGCACUGAAAGCUGAGAAAAUGGACCACCAUCCUGAAUGGUUCAAUGUUUACAAUAAGGUGGACAUUACCCUGAGCACCCACGACUGCGGAGGACUUUCGCAGAAGGAUGUGACACUUGCGAAAUUCAUUGACACUGCGAAGAACUGA